AUGCAGUCCUCUGGCGGUCCUGGCAGCGCACCGCCCUUCACCUUCCCGGACCUCGGUCCAGUCAUCCAGCGUGGCCCCACAGGGCAGGUCAUCGACCCGUCGGCGCCGGCCUCGGAGGCCUCGGCGGUGCCAACUCCCGCUUCUGCAUCAGCAAGCGGGGCGCCCCGACGGCCCCAGGCUUCGGCCGCAGUUCCUGUAGCUUCAGCGCCAUCGUCUGGUGCUGGUGGCAGCGCCGGAGCUGCUCCGUCAUCAACUCCCGCCUCUGCAGGAGCACGCGGGGUGGCGGGCGGUCUCCAGGCCGCACCAUCGGUCGUCGCGCACCAUGCUUCGGCUGCAAGCACCGGAGAGACCUCGGCUUCGAGUGCAGUGGCUCCGACGUUGCCAACUCCCGCUUUGCCGUCCGCUAGCGGGGCUUCGUCGGACCCUGCGUGUACUCAGCUGGUCCCCAGGUCCUCGCCCGACUCCAGUCCUCUGCACGAGCCUUCGUCAAGUGCUGCGCACUUCUGCCACACGGGUGACCCGCUGCCUGCAACUGCGUGCGAGGCUUCGGGACUUCCCCCGCGCUCCUCCGCGCAAUGGUAUGCUGUCGAAGACAUCGUUCACCACGAGGUGCAGGCUGCGGUCGAGGAGCUCCGCGAGCACACGGAACGACGUUUCGCAGACUUCGCGCAGCUGAUGGUCGGCUUGUGUGAGCGCUACGAGGCUUCGCUCAAGGCUUCGGACUCGCUUCUGGCAAAGGAUCGUGAGCUCUUCAAGUCGGGUCUCCAAGAGUACAACCGCAACAUGAGGCAGCUCCGAAGUCUGCUCGUCAACCAAGCGCGUGGUCAACCGAAGGCUCGAGAGCUCGUUCGUCGCAUGGAUGACAACGUCCUGCCCAGAGCAUUCGAUGCUUUCCUGGAGGUGUUCGAUUCUGCGUACUCCGCUUCCGGUGCGGCUCCUGCAACUCCAAGUUCUCGUGAAUCUUCGUCUCGAGCUGGCACUACUCGCCAUCGAGCUGCUGCUCUGGCUGAUGUCCAAGCCGAUGUCUCGAUGGAGCCUGCUGAGUCAGGCAACGACUCGGAUGACGAGUCGACCAGUCCUCGCCCAGCCAAGCGUCGCUGCAUCCAACCGAGCUACAAGACUCGGUCGUUCUUCUGUCAACCUGCAGCAGAGAGCUCGUGCCAGGUCGGCUUCUCGUCCUUCGUCACCCACGACCCCAGUCGAGUCUGCGGCUCCACAGGCUCGCCCUGUGGCGUCACAUUCUUCGGCGGCUGGUUCGGCUGCUUCCAGCACAAUUCCUCCGGCUUCGACUACGUCUGCUCUCCGCUCCAUGUCAGAUGUUGA